AUGAGAGUUAAAAAUUUGAGAAACUAUCUUCAAGAUGUAAAGGAAAAGAAGAUUCCAUUUGAACACAGUGUUUUAAGACAAAUUGCCAGUUUGUGUAACACUUUACCAGCUAUCAAUUCUGAAGAAUUCUCAAAUACCUUUUUACAAGAAUACAAUGAUGUCUUGCUUGUUACUUAUCUUGCAAGUAUCACUAAAAACUCUGCUGUAUUAAAUGAAUCUAUCGAUAGAUAUCUCGUAUCACACGAGAGACAAGGAAAGAGAAGACCAUUUAUGAGAGAAAAUAAUUAG